AAAGGAUGGAUAUUCCAAAACUCCCCCGUAGGUUAUACACUUUAGGGGAAGAGCCAGAAGCCCACAAUAGCAUUUCGUAUCAUACGGAUAACAAGAAGUUGCAUACUGCUCUUAGGGAAGCUCUCACUGAUGCUGAAUUUGAAGAGCUCAAGGAGUCGAGAUUGGGAGUUUUCAUCAAGUUCAAGGAGCAGGGAUUUGGUUGGGCUUCAAGGCUGGUUCACUACUUGCUCAGUUUAAAGCUGGACAUUAAGAAGAAGUACGAGAUGUGGUGUCUCGUUGGUCCAGAACCUGCGAGGUUUUCACUGUUAGAGUUUGAAAACAUCACUGGUCUAAACUGCGAGUACAUCGAGGACCUUGAGACACCAGAAUGUGAAGUUACCCCAAAGAUGGUUUCUUUCUGGGGGAUGAUGGGAGUUCAUCUGGAAGCUGGGCCAACUACUGAUCAGAUAAUAGCAGCACUGAAGAGAUGCGGGGAUUGGUCCAAGGAAGAUCGCAAGCGACUCGCGUACCUUUCCAUCUUCACUGGAUUCAUUGAAGGGAGAAAGUUUUCAACCGCUACACGAGCUACUCUGGCAAGGCUAGUGAUGGAUUUAGAACGGUUUGAGAAUUAUCCAUGGGGGAGAGUCGCGUUUAAGGUGCUGAUGGACUCUUUGUGGAACAAAGAUAUUACUGGCUGUUACACCGUGGAUGGGUUUAUACAAGUUCUUCAGGUCUGGGCGUACACAGCUAUUCCGGGAUUGGGUGCUAGUAUUGGUAGUCCCAGAGAAAACAGUUCGCUUCCACCGCCUCCACCGAUUCUGGCUUACGAUGGCAGCAGAGGCCGCAGACUCAUGAAAGCUGCUAUCUUGAGUCAGACCCGCGUGAUCAACUUUGUUGAGAAGGACAUUAGUGAAAUGUGGCCAAAAUGGGACUCUGAGGUUGAGGACGUGCCCGCGGAGAACAUCAUUAAAGUCAUGUAUGAUCGGAGACCGUGGAAGUGGACCAUGGAUUGCUGGGAAGUCACUGGUACAAAAACUAAGUUUGUGACUCCAUCGAAAAGAGCCAAAGAGAUGGUUGUGGUGGAGGUGGAGGAGGAGGAGGAAGACAAUCAGAGACCUCGGAAGAAAGCUCGUAAAGAGGCUCCUAAAGAGGCUCGUAAAGAGGCUCCUAAAGAGGCUAGAGAAGAGGCCCCUCAAGCCAAAGAAACCGGGGUUAGUAACAAACAGCCUACCCCUCAAGCCAAAGAAACCGGGGUUAGUAACAAACAGCCUACCCCUACUCCUCAAACCCAGCCUACUCCUCAAAAGGAUCAAAACCGGGGUAGUAACAAACAGCCUACCCCUCAAGCCAAAGAAACCGGGGUUAGUAACAAACAGCCUACCCCUACUCCUCAAACCCAGCCUACUCCUCAAAAGGCAAAGCCUACUCCUCAAAAGGCAAAGCCUACUCCUCAAAAGAAACAGCCUUCUCCUCAAACGAAACAGCCUUCUCCUCUGCCCAAAGAGAGAUUGUUGCCGGAGGAUACAGCAGAUGAGGCGAUCUCGGUAUAUAAGAUCUUGCCGGAGGAUAAAGCAGAUGGUGUCACCUCCAAAGAGAUUGUUCCUCUCACUUCCACUGACCAACCGAGCUUCGCUUCCAACGAUCAACAACCGAGCUUCGCUUCCAACGAUCAACAACCGAGCUUUGCUUCCACCGAUCCAAGCGUUCCAGUUUCAGAACCGAGCCUGGUUGUAUUGGACAAAACAGCUCCCACUGCUUCUGUGCGUGCAAGGAGUGAACGAACGAAGAAACCUGCUCCCACGCAGAUAUCUCCUUAUACGGCAGAGAGAAAGAAACUCCUUAGAGUGGGAAAGUAUAAUCCAUUUCCCUCACUAAACAGCCGUAAGUUGAAGGAGCUCGCUGAUUGGUUGAAAACUGAUCCUGAUUAUUACACUAAGCUUGAGGACAAACCACGUACAUCACCAACUUGGUGGUAUCAUAAACUCCGGACACCCAAAGCAUGGCUGGAAGACGUACAUAUGGAUGCUUGGAUGAAUGUGCUGAGGCAGAGGUAUCAGGAGAAUCCACAAGCUUUCCGGAGCGAGCGAAUGUGCUUCCUGGAUCACAACUUUUCCCAUUCUUGGAGAGACCAGUAUCUGUUCUUCAAAGCAUCGGCACCUGAUCACAAAGGUUUAGGAAGAAUGCUACCUAGUGGGGCGGCGUUGUUUUAUGACGGAUCAAUGCCUUCAUUUUGCCAAUCAAACAAGAAGUGGGGGGAGGACAUUGAUGAUAUCUAUGCGCCAGUGAACUUGAACAACAAACAUUGGGUUGCUAUCUGGAUAUCGAUCCCUAAGAGGCACAUAGUCGUCUGGGACAGCAUACCUUCAUCUAGCGUACCAGAAGCAUGGGAUGAGAUAAUGGAGCCUUUUCUCGAGAUGGUCCCUUAUAUGCUUGCUGAGUGCGCAGCCACCGAGGAAGAACGGGUCAAAUACGGGUUGGAGCGAUACACAUAUGAGAGACUGCUGAAAGAUGUACCCACGGCCAACAAUGGUGAUUGUGGCGUGUACACUCUAAAGUACAUUGAAUGUCAUGCUCUUGGGGUCCCCUUUAGCGCUAAAGACUUUGCUAGGUCCAAUGCGAAGACUAUGAGGGAUAAUAUGGCUGUGGUUAUAUGGACGGAGCUUGUUGAUCAGCAUUUGAAAGAUAAUGAGGAUGGUGGUAUGUUCGUGGGCAUGUAUGAUUAG